AUGUCAGGCCCAGUUGCAACCGCCCGCCCUGUGCAGGCUCUUCGUCUGCGCCGUGAAUCGCAGAGACCUGGCGUUGCACGUGCGGCCACGAGACCAAGCAACAUGGAGGACGAGAGCGCGAAGGCUGACCCCAGGCGCUAUGUCUACACCCAGGAAGAGAUUCUGGCGCGGCACAAGGGCAAGCCGCCGUCGCUGCGCAUCUUCCUGCACCCGAAGCACUUUCGCAUCAACGACUCGGCCGACAUGCUCGACUACUCCUCGCCCAUGCGCGAGAUACUCGAGCACGUGAAGACGAGGACCAUCCCCCACAACAUGGCCGAGGACUUCUAUGCCGCCGACAUCCCCUUCUACGACAAUUGCCUGAUCGUCGAGCUGCACGACUUUCGCUCGAGCGGCGUGAAGCCCAGAGACGACACAAACAGCCUGGGCGAGAGCGGCAAGAGCGCCUUCUCCAUACACAACUACAACAGCUUCAUCACCCCCUCGCCGCACGCCCCCUAUCCGACCAACAAGGCCGACGCAAAGGCCAGCCAGACCGAAGCGCAGGCCAAAGAUGCUGCUGUCAAGGAGGACAAGGAAAACAUGCCCGCCCCAAACCAGAACGGCGUGUCCCAGAAACAGGCUGUCAAACCGCGCAUCUGGACGAGAGUGCUCUUCCCAACCCCGCAGUCCCACCUGGCCGAUAUCCAGUUGCUUGCGACUACGCCAAUGCCUGAUGCCGCUACGCUCAAGAGAAUGCAAGCCGCAGGAAGAGCGGGAGCCAUGCCGCCGACCCCCAUGACUGCGGUCCCCCCAACGCCGACCUUCUCGAACGGACCCAGCCCGAAGCGCCAGAAGAUGGUUCUUGACGACAGUAACGUCCAUGAGUUCGAAUCUGAGCUGUAUAAUGCCACCUGUCCAAAGCUGCAUCUCGAGCCGACCAAGAGCUUUGCCGAAUCACUGGCGCUCAUGGAAGCCAUUACGCAUCCGAACAACAAGAACGAUGCGCCAGUGCGAAAGACUCGGAAGCGCACGACGGCCGAAUUGCAGGCCGACGAGGCCGAGGCUGCCGCGACGCAGCGCUUCAUGCUUGCUGGUGACGAACAGCAGGCGAACAUGGCCACCACUGCAACGGGAGGUGACGAGGGUGCCGUGCGAGCCAACAACACACAAAACUUUUCUCGUCUGAAGACGCUUGCUACUAUCAAAGCUAAUCACGAAGAGGCGGACCGGCGCAAGAAGGAAGAGGACGCCCGCAUAGCUCAAGCCAAGAGGCAAGCACAAAUCGAAGCAGAAGCCCAGAAGAGAAGGGAUUUGGAAACGAAUCGACAGCAAGCCGAGAAUCAGGAGAGACAGCAACUUCUCUUGCGCCAACAAGCAGCCCAGCAGCAGGCACUUCAACAGAACCAGCUCCAGCAAAACGAAGCCCUUCGCGCAGCCACCCAAGCCCAACAAAUGGCGAAUACCACCGCUGCACAAUUGUCCCAAACACCGCAAUCAGCUACUCAACCACAAUUUCCGCCUGUUGUUCAAAACGGGACGCCCAUGGCUUCCGCUGCCUCUCCGCGUGUUGGUCUCCAGGCUUCCCACGCCAUGGGCGGCACACCCAUGGUCGCAACCGCAUCGAAUCACACCAUUGCUAGUCCUGCUCGUCCACCUUCUGUUGUGUCACACCAGCAGAUGGCGCGCUCUGCCAGCCAACAGCAGAACAUGAGUAGGACAGGCACGCCACAGAUGGUUCAAGGGACACCUGUGAUGAAUGCUGCCAUGCCGAACCGCAACAUGACGCCAACUCCUGCUCGCAUGAGCCAGGGCAGCCCGCCAAUGGCCAUGUCGGGUGGCACUCCGCUCAUGAUGCAUACUCCUCAACCCGCUAGUCAGAACAUGACGCCAGAACAAAUGCAACAGAUGCAGAACCAGCAUUUGAUGCAGCAGCAAAUGCUCCAGCAACAACGCAUGCAGCAGGCCGGCGGUUCUCCUAGUAUCCAGCAGCAGCUACAGAACCUUGCCGUGCAGAAAGCUCAGACGCAGAUUACACAGCAGGGUGUACCCGCGGGACAAAACGCACACCAGUACCAGCAGGCUCUAGCCCGCCGCUUCUUCCAACAAAUGCAGCAACAACAGCAGCAGCAACAGCAGCAACGAGCUAUGCAGAACAUGUCCCCACAAGGCAGCCAACAGGGCGCAAACCCCACGAACAUGAACCUCCAACAGCUACGUCAUCACCACCAACAGCGCAAGAUGGCACUCCUCGCCCAAUACGGACAACAGCAAAACAUUCCCCAGCCAGAACUCGUUCGCCUUCGCCAACUCGAACAAGCCAUCAUGUCCCGCUCGCAAGCCGAACAACAAGCCAGUCAAAUGCAGCUCAUGAACAACGGCAUGUCCACACCCAUGCAACAGCAAAUGCAACAGCAAAUGUCCAACAUGCCCAACAUGCCCAACGGUGCCCAGCCCACAAACCCCAUCCAAAUGCAAGCCUACCAGCAAAUGCUGCAACAGCAACGCGCCCAGCAGGCCCGCAGCCAGCAAAUCAUGGCUAUGCGCCAACAGGCGAUGCAACAAGGCGGCCAAUUACCCCAGGGCAUGAUGGGAAUGAACGGCAUGCAGGGAAUGAAUGGCGGCCAGGGCAUGCAGGGAAUGAAUGGAGGCCAAGGCAUGCAGGGUAUGAAUGGAGGCCAGGGCAUGCAGGGCAUGAAUGGCAUGAACAUGCAGCAAAUACAGCAGAUGCAGCAAUUGCAGGGCAUGAACAUGAAUCAGAUGAAUCAGCAGCAGGUGCAGCAGAUGAUGAUGAUGCGGCAGGCGCAACAGCAGGCACAACAGCAGGCGCAGCAGCGCAUGGGUCAGCAGGGCGGCGAUAUGAACUGGAAUGGCUGA